CAAAAUUCAACUGGCAAGAUGCACUAAACCUAGAAAACCAGUUGACAGAAGAAGAGAAGAUGGUUCGAGAUUCCUUUCGAGCUUACUGUGACGACAAACUCAUGUCUCGAGUACUCAUGGCCAACCGACAUGAAAAAUUUGACCCAGAGAUUGUUCCAGAAAUGGGAGCCAUUGGAGUCCUAGGCCCCACCAUUAAAGGUUAUGGUUGUGCUGGGGUUUCUUCCGUUGCAUAUGGUCUCAUUGCUCGAGAAGUUGAGAGAGUGGACAGUGGCUAUAGGUCAGCUAUGAGUGUCCAGUCCUCACUUGUCAUGCAUCCUAUUUAUGCUUAUGGCACAGAAGAACAGAAGCAAAAGUAUAUACCAAAACUAGCUAAGGGAGAGCUGAUUGGUUGCUUUGGACUAACAGAGCCCAAUCACGGCAGUGAUCCAUCAUCCAUGGAGACAAAAGCCAGAUACAACCCCUCAAGUAAAACCUUCACACUCAAUGGGACAAAGUCAUGGAUUACAAAUUCCCCCAUUGCGGAUGUAUUCAUUGUGUGGGCUAAGUGUGAUAAAGACAAUGACAAAAUUCGAGGGUUUAUCCUGGAGAAAGGUAUGAAGGGACUGACAGCACCAAAGAUCGAGGGUAAAUUCUCCCUCAGGGCCAGCAUCACAGGACAAAUCGCAAUGGAUGAUGUGGAGGUCCCAGAGGAAAAUAUGAUGCCUAACAUCAUUGGUUUAGGGGGUCCCUUUGGAUGUCUUAACAAUGCUAGAUAUGGAAUUGCUUGGGGAACACUUGGUGCAGCUGAAUUCUGUCUGGAAGCUGCUCGACAGUACACACUGGACAGAUUUCAGUUUGGUAAACCUCUUGCCAAAAAUCAACUUCCACAGAAGAAGAUGGCAGACAUGCUCACAGAAAUCUCAAUAGGCCUUCAGGCCUGUUUACAGGUCGGGAGGUUAAAGGAUGAGGGCAAAGCAACACCAGAAAUGAUUUCAAUGAUCAAGAGAAACUCAUGUGGCAAGGCCCUGGAUAUUGCUCGUGUAGCUCGAGAUAUGCUCGGAGGGAAUGGAAUCUCAGAUGAGUACCACGUCAUCAGGCAUGUCAUGAACCUGGAAGCUGUCAACACAUAUGAAGGCACACACGACAUCCAUGCUUUGAUUUUAGGACGAGCGAUCACCGGUCUGCAGGCUUUUACAGCGGACUAAGGAUAAAGUGAAUUUAUUUAAUUGGUGUCUGUGAUAGAAAAACUAGAGUCAUUGAAUCGGUGAGAAAUAUUGGUGUCAUUUAUUUUCUCAAAUUGUUGCAUCAAAAGAUUUGAUUCACAUGUUUUGUAAAUUAAAAAGGUUUAUAUUAUUAUAUUACUAUGUGUACAAACAUGUACAAAUAAUGUCAUUGUUUGGUUUGUACAAUGCACUGGGUUUUAAAUAUAUAAUGAUUUAUAUCAUGUAAUAACAUACAUGUAAUUUUUGUUUUGAAUUCUCUGCAUAAUACUUUCCUAAUGGACAUUUUGCUUGAUGAAUAUAUAAGGUGCAUGUACAAUGUGAAGAAUUUUUGUUAAUGAAGAAGUCAUGGAUAUCAUGAAAGUGCAAAAAAAAUUAAAAUGUAAAAUAUGUUUUUCCUUUUAACAAUAUUUAUAUUUUUUACUUAGUUGCAUUUAUUGAUGAUUUUGAAAUGAAUAAUUUGGUAUUAAAGCAAGUGUAAAAUCAUGUAAUGUAAACACUGUUGCUUUAAAAAUAGCCUAUAUUUAUGAACAGUAUUGUUCUUUUCAAACAUUGUACCGAGCUCUGUUCAUAUUAGACAGAAUCAUGAGUCAGAUUUGUUUUUGAUAUUGUUUUGAAAUAAACAUCAGCAUAUAU